AUGUCCAAAAAGCAGAAGAAUAAACUUCUCAGCACUUUAAACACUGGUAAAGAGUUCCACUCAAGCUUCGGCGCCUCGAUCUUGUCCAAAUACGGCUGGAAGGAGUACGUUUCCCGCUUAUUACGCGUUUUCAGGGGCCAGGGCCUCGGAAAGUCCGAGGACGGCAUCGUCAAGCCUGUUUCUGUUAAGAAAGUCGAGGGCAAUACCGGGGUUAGUUUCCACAGCACUCACUGUUCUCAGCUCGGCGCCUCGUCUAGGCCCGAAAACGAGUGGCACAACUGGUGGGAUGACAUGUACAACAGCCUCGCUGCGAAAGUAAAUGUCAAAGACAAUUCCAAGAAGGUACUCCCUCGCCACCUCACCCAUUUGCAGGUAAAGAAGUCUGUGAAGAAGUCUAAGAAAAAGAAGGACUCCGCCUCUCCUUAA